AUGGCUGAGACGACAAAUGAUACAGCUGCAACUGCAGCUGCAGCUGCGGACCCCCAACCGCCGGUUGUCACAUUCAAAAAGCGCGGCGCAAAGGCGAGUCAGAACAUCCGCAAAAGACCAGCACCGCCUCCCGUAUCGCAAGACGACGAUUCUUCCGACUUUUCCUCCUCUGAAGACGAAUCGGGUCACAGAAUAAAGCGCAGAAAGAACAAGGGUGCUGGGGUUGUCUCUGCUUCAUCUGCGACUACCAAGCCUGUCGAUCGGGAACCUGCGGCCACCGCCACCGGGGAUGGCAAAGUCCAGCUUGCGGAUACGAACGACGCCACAAAACACGUCGACUGGUUUGACGAGGAUUCUAAGGAUGCGCGCUCAUCGAAACCGCAAUCUGCCUCGAAUGAGCCGCAGAUGCCGGAUGGCACAUAUAGGGGACUGGCGAACCAGACGUCAUUCAUCAAGAAGAAUCCGAAUGCGCCGAACAGGUCAUUCGGACCGAUCAAGGCAGCGACCAAUAUCCGUACUAUAACAGUGACGGACUACUCUCCAGAUGUGUGCAAGGACUACAAGCAGACUGGAUUCUGUGGUUUCGGUGAUAAUUGUAAAUUCCUUCACGAUCGAAGCGACUACAAACAAGGAUGGGAACUGGAUCGAGAGUGGGAGACCGUCACCAAGGGCAAACAAUUGAAGGGAACAGUGGUUGCGAGUGCCGAUCGGACAACGACGGAGAAUAAAGACGACGAUGAAGAGGCCAUGCUGGAAGACAUCCCGUUUGCCUGUUUUAUCUGCAAGGGGCCAUACAGGGAGCCGAUCGUCACGAAAUGCGGUCACUACUUCUGCGAGCAGUGUGCUCUGCAAAGAUACAGGAAGGACCCAAGCUGCGCAGCCUGUGGAUCCGCCACGAAUGGAUUAUUCAGUUCGGCCAAGAGAUUGAAAAAGCUGCUAGAGCGCAAGAGGGAACUUGCGGCGAAGAGGAGACAAGAGGCUAUCGAAGCUGGUGAGGAAGUGAGUGACGAGGAAGACGAAGAAUGA